GCGACACGGGCAGCUCCUUCUCAGCCAACCUUCAACUCUCCAAUCUUCCCGUUGAGGAUCUCCUGGCGCAGCCAUGGCUACCGCAAUCCCCUCGAUCGCCUGUCUCGGGGUAAUCGGCCGAAAUAACAACCCCCUCCACACGUCCAUCUUUCCGUCCUACGACGCUUCCAACAACUCGUUCCACCCCGUGCGCACGCCCCUCCAGUUCUCCCUCAUCCUCUCCAGCACCCUCGACGUCUUCGAACUCCGCUCGCGCCAAAAUACCGCCGCUGGUGUCGGUCUAACCGGCGACUUCGGUCUCCUCCACGCCGUCGACGACCGCCUCGCCGCUUACGGCUUCGAGACCAACACGGGCACCCGCUUUGUUGUCAUUGUCGACAUGCGUGGCCGGCGCAUUGAUGGUGCGCUCGCCGCAGGGCUAGAUGGGAGGGACAAGAGGCUUGCCGGCGCGGCGGCAGGCUUGAGAGAGGGGGAGAUGAGGCCUGUCUUCAAGGCCAUGCAGUUGGCGUAUGUAAAGCUGCUGCAGAAUCCGUUUUUCGAUCCGGAUGAGCACUCGCCGCCGGCUGGGCAAGGAGGCGCAAAAAUCACGAAUAAGAAGUUUGCUGCGGAUAUGAGGAGGAUCGGGGAGGCUUGGACGCCAGGGAUUACAAACCUCUGAGGCGAUGAAAUUACUGAAGCUGAUGGUCAUGCGUUCCCGGCAUUGAGAGCUGCGCUACGGAUUAAGGAAUAAGGAAUCGCCGCGUUGUUUACAGGCAGCGCUGAUUUAUACGGGUCUAUCGACACAAGCCAGCAGCAACCCACGCCGUUUCUACAGAACCCAAACGCCAAAACCCCGAUCGCCCACCAAGACAGCAA